AUGGCACCCUACCCAACCAAAAACGAGAUCGAACUCUUCGCCUCCUCUCUGUCAACUUCAGAUCCCUCACCGUUCUUUGACCGGGUCUCGCCUAAUGUCGUCUGGGAUGUCAUGGGCACUCAUCCAGCCGCUGGCCACUUCACCUCCCUAGAGUCCUGGAAGAAAGGCGCUCUCGGUGUAAUCAACGAUGUCCUCAAAUCCCCGCUCCAACUCCGAGUGAUCAACGUUAUAGGCGGCGGCGAUCAGCCAUGGGCGACAGUGGAGCUGGCGGCGGACUCGGUGUGUAAGAACGGGAUGGAGUAUGGGCAGCGUUAUGCUUGGUUGUUGCGAUUCGACGAGACGGGGACUGUUGUGCAGGCACGAGCGUACCUCGACUCGGCUCUGGUGCAGAAAGCAGUGGACUCGAACUCGUGA